GAGAAUUCAGUAUUCCCUGGCAAUGAAAGAAGCAUAAAGAUCCUUAACUGUGUAAUGAAAUGCUGAAGCACCACAGGUUUGUUUUAACAACUCCAUAAUAUAACGAUUACAGUGCUGGAUGCCUUAUCAAACAUUUGUUGAGCUCAGUAGAAAAUAUCAGCGUGCAAAGUCAUUAUUAAACACGCCUGUCACAAAAAAGAAAAAGACAACCAUAUAAAUCAAAAAGAAACAGAGAGCAGCGUUUCUAUUCCAAAUGCAGUGGAGUGGAAAUGGAGUGGAUCUAUACCAUUUCAUUUGAUGGGGGUCAGCAGCGAGAGAGAGCGAGAGGGCGUGAAGUGAUAUCUGUCCGUGUCCAAACAGCUACGCUUCUCUGUGGAAACAGGACACCCUGCAAGCAACCGCGUGGGCUGCACUAAGACUCUACCUCGGAUUUAAAAAAAAAAUCAUCACCUGUAGCUACACGAUUUAGAUUUCAGACACACACACACACACACACAGAACAUCUCUCCUAUCUCCCGCUGAAGCAGCCGCCGGCGUCAGGAUGGAGGCGCAGCAUCAGCAGCACGAGCACAAGCGUCGCGAGCCGCUCCGUCUUCGUCCGGGUGGCGCGAGGAAGACGAGCUGAAGAAGAAGAAGGUGGUGGAAGAAGAAGAAGCAGCAGAGAAGAAGAAGAGGAGGAGGACAAGCACAAGAAGACGGGUGGAAGGUGGAGGAGGAAAUCCCGCGAGAAAAGAAGAGACAGAAAGACGGACAGACAAGCGCAGAGAACACAGAGAGUGAGAAAGCUCCGCACGUGAAGUGCGCGAGACCGGGGAGAAGGGAGUUAACAUUAUUUUGGAGGAGCGCAGCAGCCGUUUUUUUAAAAUUAUUUUUAUUAUUAUUUUUCCCCGCACCAACGGAGAAACAAGAUCUCCGGACAAAAAGACUGGCCAGAUGAAUCCUAUGACGCAGUUGUACUACAAGAAGGCGACAUAUUCGCCGUACCGCGACCGCAUCCCACUUCAGAUUGUCCGUGCUGAGGUGGAGCUGUCUGCUGAGGAGCGGGCCUACCUCACAGCUGUAGAGAAAGGCGACUAUGCGGGAGUGAAACAUGCCCUUCGCGAAGCAGAGGUGUACUACAACAUGGAUGUGAACUGUCUGGACCCGCUGGGCCGCAGCGCUCUCCUCAUCGCCAUCGAGAACGAGAACCUGGAGAUCAUGGAGCUCCUGCUCGACCAUGGCAUCCACACGGGCGACGCCCUGCUGUACGCCAUCAGGAAGGAGGUGGUGGGUGCCGUGGAACUGCUGCUGUCACACAAAAGGCCCAGCGGAGAGAAACAGGUUCCUUCUCUGAUGAUGGACAGCCAGUUUUCAGAGUUCACCCCAGAUAUAACUCCCAUCAUGCUUGCUGCUCACACAAACAACUACGAGAUUAUCAAGCUGCUUGUCCAGCGGAAGGUCACCAUACCCAGACCACAUCAGAUACGAUGCGACUGUGUUGAGUGUGUAUCCAGCUCAGAGGUGGACAGCCUUCGACAUUCACGGUCUCGACUCAACAUCUACAAGGCUUUGGCCUCGCCAUCUCUCAUUGCGUUGUCCAGUGAAGAUCCCAUCCUCACUGCCUUCAGACUGGGCUGGGAACUCAAAGAACUCAGCAAGGUGGAGAAUGAGUUUCGUCAGGAGUAUGAGGAACUGUCUCAGCAGUGCAAGCGUUUCGCCAAGGACCUUCUGGAUCAGGCCAGGAGUUCUAGAGAACUUGAGACCAUCCUGAACCACAGAGACAAUGACCAGAGUGAGGAACUAGACCCUAGACAGUGCCAUGAUCUGGCCAAGCUCAAACUCGCCAUCAAGUACCACCAAAAAGAGUUUGUGGCACAGCCAAACUGCCAGCAGCUGCUGGCCACACUGUGGUAUGAUGGCUUCCCGGGUUGGAGGAGACGACACUGGGUGGUUAAACUGGUCACCUGCUUCAUCAUCGGACUCUUGUUCCCGGUCUUCUCAUUGAUCUACCUGUUGGCUCCAAAGAGCGCUCUGGGACGUUUCAUUAAGAAGCCCUUCAUCAAGUUCAUCUGUCACACGGCGUCCUACCUGACCUUUCUCUUCCUACUGCUGCUGGCCUCGCAGCACAUCGCCCGUACCAACCUGCACAUGCAGGGACCCCCACCCACCAUCGUGGAGUGGAUGAUCCUGCCGUGGGUGCUGGGCUUCAUCUGGGCAGAGAUUAAGGAGAUGUGGGACGGGGGAUUCACAGAGUACAUCCAUGACUGGUGGAAUCUGAUGGACUUCGCCAUGAACUCCCUCUAUCUGGCCACCAUAUCUCUGAAGAUAGUGGCCUAUGUGAAGUAUAACUCCUCUCGGCCUAGGGAGGAGUGGGAGAUGUGGCACCCGACGCUGAUAGCUGAGGCUCUGUUUGCCAUUGCCAACAUCUUCAGCUCUCUCAGACUCAUCUCCCUCUUCACCGCCAACUCCCACCUCGGGCCACUGCAGAUCUCCUUAGGAAGGAUGCUUCUGGACAUCCUCAAGUUUCUCUUCAUUUACUGUCUGGUCCUGUUAGCAUUUGCUAAUGGUUUGAACCAGCUGUAUUUCUACUAUGAAACCAAGGCAUCAGAGGAACCCAACAACUGCAAGGGCAUCCGCUGUGAGAGGCAGAACAACGCCUUCUCAACGUUAUUUGAGACUCUCCAGUCUCUCUUCUGGUCCAUAUUUGGGCUGUUAAAUCUGUACGUCACCAACGUGAAGGCUCGCCACGAGUUUACGGAGUUUGUCGGGGCGACCAUGUUCGGGACGUACAACGUUAUCUCACUGGUGGUUCUGCUCAACAUGCUGAUCGCCAUGAUGAACAACUCCUACCAACUCAUUGCUGACCAUGCUGACAUUGAGUGGAAGUUUGCACGCACCAAGCUGUGGAUGAGUUACUUUGACGAGGGCGGCACGCUGCCACCUCCGUUCAACAUCAUUCCAAGCCCCAAGUCCUUCUGGUACCUCCUCAUGUGGCUCCACAACAAGCUGUGCAGGACAGGGCAGCCGCCCGGGGAGGAGCCGCACAAAUGUGAAAACCUGCGGGAGUUCACGGAGCGUCAUGCCGACAGUCUGAGGCAGAAUCAGCACUACCAGGAAGUGAUCCGGAACCUGGUGAAGAGGUACGUGGCAGCAAUGAUACGCAGUGCCAAGACAGACGAGGGGCUGACAGAGGAAAACUUUAAGGAGCUGAAGCAAGACAUCUCCAGUUUCCGCUACGAGGUCCUAGAUCUCCUUGGGAACCGGCGUCCUCCUCGGCGUAACUACUCCUCCUCCAGUGAGACAACAAAAGAUGACGGUGCCAUGGCAUCUGAGGACGACAGCGAGUCAGGUGAAGGCACUGGAGGAGGCCUGGGAGUCCAGAGAUCAAAGAGCGUGACCUUCAUGACCCCAGCAGAGGACGACACAAAGCCGACACCAACGCUCGGCGUGUCUGCACUGGUGCGUUCUAUUUCUGGAAUGACGCAGAUAGAAAGAGGGGUAGGUGGGGAGGAGCUGGAGGAAGGUAUUGAAUGGGGGACAGAGGAGGAGGAAGAGGAGGGAAAACCAAAGAGCAAUGGGCUGAAGACAACUGUCAUCUCUCCAUCCUCCACCUCUGUUGUCCCAUCGUCAUCUUCAUCAUUCUCUUCAGCGUUCUCAUCAUCACUUGCUCGUACAAGGAGCCGUCUGCAGCGCCUAUCAGGUCCGAGUGCAAAGACGGACUCUUUCAAACGCCUCUCCUACCUGUUCUCCCGCUCCAAACGCAAAGCCCCACCCAUGCCUGUCCCUGUUCAGUCCCCAGUCUCCUACACCAUCUCUGACGGGUUGCUCCGCCCCUUGGGGAGCCACAGCCACUCCGACUUCGGACUCAGCAACGUGACCAGAAGCGAGACUCACCUGAACGAGAUGGGCCGCUCUGUUGACAUCAGUAACCCGUCGUUCUCUCCUCGGAGAACGAAUGGGCGAGACUCACUUUUGACACUGCCCCUCCCGCCCCCUGCCCCUGCCUCCCUGCACUGUGCUUCCAACAUGUCCGAGUCCAGCUCGCGCCUCCUGGACUCCAGUGAGGACGUUUUCCAGAGUGGAGGCAUGGGAGGAUCGGGUGAUGGCAGCGUGGAUGGAGGAGGGGGAGGAGGAGGGGUGAUGAUGAUGGGUGGUUGGGUGGGACCUUGCGAUGAUGUCAUAGAGGACAGCUGCGAGGUCAUAGAGGACUCCGUCACUACACAGCUAUAGGAGAAAGGGACUACCAAACUGUUUUUGUUUGUUUGCAAAAUGGCUGAAUAUAUACAGAGAUGGAGAGAGACAGAGAGAGAGGGCGGAGAAUUUGGUACAAUCCGUUCUAGAACUUACUUGGAUGGAUUUGGAAUUCUGGAAUUCUAGAAUGCAGCACACCCGAGAAUGGAGCAGGUUCUAAGGAUUGACUUGAUUGUCAUGGUAACACCACAGAGGGCAUGCUAAAGUGGCAGAUGUUCAUAGAGACAGUUUGUCUGGUAUAUUUCAGGGUUUAAACAGACACUUUCACUAUUAUGUGAAAUUUAUUGUUGGAAGGUUCUGGAGAUAAGUCGCUAAUAAUUGAGCCAACUUAACUAGCUAGCUGGAACUCAGUUAAAAGUCCGUAAAUAUCUAUUUGGAAAACUUAUUCCAGACAAUCAAAGUAUCUCAAGUUUGACGUUGUCUGGGAUUUUUCAGGGUUCAGACACACAUGUUUUGCUAUCGCAUAAACCUCAUUGCUUAAAAGUUUUGGAGUUAAGUCGCUAUUAAUUGAGCUGACUUACCUUGCUUGCGAGAACUCAAUAAAACCUGUUUGGAGAAUAUUCCAGAAAUUCAAAGUAUCACCAGUUUGCCGUUGUCAGGGAUUUUUUAAGAUGGAAACACAACACACACAAGUUCACCAUUGAGUGAAUUCCCAAGACAGCCUAGCUAGCUAGCUAAACACAGAUAAAUGUCAUUUAUCAUCAGGUUUUCCACAGUAUCACAGAAAUCCAUGUCUGUUCAUCCAUGGAUACAUAAGAAACAUUCAUUGCUAGAAUCCAAUUCAACAGAUGUUUAAUUGCCAAAAUAUAAACUAUGUAAGAUCAUAGCAUUUUCUUACUGUUGCUAUUACAGUUUCCAAAUUAUAUCACAAUGUCAGUUUGAAAAUUGCCAAAAUAUAUUUAUAUAUGUUCAUGAAUAAUUGUGAAUAAAACACGAGAGAAGGAAAUAUGAAUUUCAUAUUGCGGUAAAAGUAUCUAAUUAAAAAUAUGAGGAUGUAAAUGAGGAUGCUUUUAACAGACAAGGUAAAUUACGGGAAAAGUUUGAGGCAGUUUUUCAUUGAAAAUUUUGUGGCGCUUUGACAUGCUGGGGUCCGCAUUAAAGGGGUCGGGGAAGAUGAUGGUUACAAUCAUCCCAAAUAAAUAGUUUGCCAAAUGGAGCAAAGUAUACCUGAGCUACUAAAAUACUACGUGUAAGCUCUUGGACAAAUUACAUUGUUUUAUGAUGUUAGGAAUUAUUUCUCCCUCUCGAUGGCAGUCUCCGUCUUUUUGUCUGAUCUUCACAAACUUCACAAAGCCAGACUGUCUUUAUAUACAUCUGCCAUUUUCCACAAAUGCCACCAUGAGACCAAAGGAGUUCAUUUAAAAAGGAGCAUACUUUUUUUUCCGAAAGAUUAAAACACACAUCGUUAUUAUGGGAUUACAAGGAUUCAAAGUGACUUUUCAAAAAGGAAAUAUCCCUGUUUGGAAAGUUUCACAUGAUGGUUUCUUUCCCUUUAACCAAACUUCGAAUCUGUAUCGGAAUAAAAAUGGAAUUAAAUCAUCUUAAAACCAGUGGAAUUUGAAUUGAACUACACUUUUCCAUUCAGCUGAAUGGAAGGAGAUCGCAAACGGAAUAACGUCCCCUUUAACCGUGGAACAAUGGAUUUAAAUUUGACCGAAUCACUGGGAUGAACAGAAGCAGCUUGGAACCUUUGCUCUGCUGUCAAUAGCCUGCACCCUCUCUCUCUGCAUCAACAAGGGCCAAGGAACUUUAUUUUAUCCUAAUAACAAUUAUACUAGUAAUAAUAAUAACGGUAAUAAUAAUAAUAAGAGACUUCUAUUAAUAAUAAUGAGGACUAUUCUGGUUUCUAUACACUGUCUUUGCUUCUAUUUGAGUUGCCUACGAUAUCCUGGCUUCUCGUUCAGCUCUUCCUUAAUAAGUACACUUUAACCUGGUGAAUAAUAAGAUAUUUAUUGUGUGGAAGAGGGAGGAGGGAUGGAUAAAUGGGGGUGGGAGAGAGAGCUUAAGAAACGCGGGACGUUUUAAGGAAGGAAGAACAAGGUGAGGGGAAAUAAAGGCAGGAGGAAUGAUUGGAGAAUAUAGGGAGAGGAAAUGAGGCAAAUAAGUGAAGGCACAUAGAUAUGCUUGAAUGAGGAACAGAUGGACUAAAAUGGGACGAGUUUGCCUUUCUAUCUAUCUGGGAAAUCUAUUUAAAAGGGAAAUUUCACCAGAAUUUCAUCAUGACUUUUUUUUUUUUCUCUUGAAGUCGCUUGGUGAGGCGACUUCAAAGGGUUGGCAUGAGCAGAGGCUGUUGAAUUUUACUCUGGUUAAUAUACGACUGUCAGCGGUGAAGUAGAGAAAUUAUGCAUGUUUGAUCAAAAAAGAAAAAAAAAAAACACCGUUACCUGCAACACACACAUGCAAGCACAUACACAUUCACACACUUAGAAACCAGCUCGUGUGAUGAAUAGCUGCCAGCUAUAAGUACUGGUCUUGUUUUUGUUGUUCUCUCAGCAGGAUGACAUCAGCUCCUCUUACGUCUUGUUUGAUUGUUUUAUUCAUUUUGUCCGUCCUUGUCCUCUGUUUUUUUCAUAAAAAGCCCCUCUGGUUAGGCAGCUGUCUUGGCAGCAGAAAGCCUCAGAGCAGCAAUGAAUCAGCAUUCCAAAAUGUCACGACGUCAACCGCUGUGCAUCCUGUACUCAUAAUGUCACGGCCAGAGCUCGGACAGCAGGGGCACAGUUAAGUGCUUAGCAGUGCCAGCCCAUCAAUUUAGUAUUUAAUAAUCAAUUUCUUCUUACUUUGCAUUUCAGUAACAGAGGAUGACUAAUCUGCACGUGACAAACGCUUUAAUAAUGUGUGAUUUUAAUACUCGUGUGGAAAAAAAAAACACAGUUGGUCGUUCAAAAACUUUAGACGUACAAGGAUGUUUUAUUUUUCAUCUGAAUUAGCAAACAUUUCACAAUUUGGAAUUUGGACAUGUCUUUGGUUUCACAUUAACUCUUUAGCCCUUCAAGAUCUGCUAGGAGUGACCUCUGAAGCUCCUAUUGUGAUUGGCCUGUUCAGUACCGUCGAUUCCUCCGGUGCAUUUCCGGCUACUUUUUCGCGGCAGUUUUUGAAUUUAUCAGUGGGAGAAUAGCAAUCAUCCCCUUAGUAUAAGGAAUGAUGAACAUAGCAUCAAUAUAAGGUUUCACAAAUGACAGCAGAUUCCUGGAGGUAGACUGUUGAAACAGUCAGAAUAGAGGUGAGGGAAUGUACAAAGGAGUGGGACAAAAAUGUUUCCCUCCAAACGAAUAAAACAAAACUGCAACAAAGAGGGCACACCCAGGAGGGAGAAAAGGUCCCAACAUUUUCCCUUUUUCUAUCUGCUGGCACUGAAACAUCUGGACACGACCACGCUGUAAUCAACCAUAAUGCAGCAGCACACAAGCACGUCGGCCAUGGUUACAUCGUAGGCUCUACAUAGAUUCCCCGCAGAAGUCUAAAUCCUCCUCUGCUUUGCAUUGCCUUUGUUUUCCUUUUAGACUGCUGCAGCACUUUCUGCUGUGCUAAAUCCAUUAUUUGAUGGGUAGUUUUGUUUGUUUAGUUUUGUCUGUUUUGUGUUUUUUAUCACUUUCCUUCUUUACCUUUUUCAGUUGUUUUUGAAGGAGACUAUUUUUUUUGUUUGGUAGAGUAAACUCAGGCACAACAUGAAGUCAGGCUUAACCACAACCCCAGCAGACCAGCUGGUCUUAAUGUCAGGCCACAUCAGCUGGUGGCUCAGCUGAUACCUUGCUAUGCAUGCCAUUGGCAGAACUUAUAUAGUGUGUGCUAUUUAAGCUGCUUUAGCCUGGCUACAGUUGCUGCACAUCUGCAAGCUGCUUUGCAACCCUGUCCACUCAUAACCCCUCCUUAAAUUGAUGUGUCUGAUGUAAUCAAUGUCAUAUUGUUUGUUACUGAUAGCUGCUCUGUUCUGUGCUGGUCUGAGGACAGAGCAAAUACAAACGACUGCAGAUGGAAAUAACAAUCUUCAGACCCACGGUGUUUCACUGUCAUAUGUUUUGCUGCCCUAUAGAUGAAAAUGUCAGCUUGUAAUAAUAAAUUUAAAAAGAGGAUUUGUCUGUUGCCACUUUAAAGCAUGGCAGAAAUUUAGUUUGAGUAAUUGUAAAUGGACUGGUUCAUAUACUCUGAGCGCUUGGUGCGCUUUACAUAACAUGCCUCAUUCACCUGUUCAUACAAGCACUUUUUUAUGGUUUUUCUAUGCAAGUGCUUUCUAUCUAACAUUCACACACACUGGCCUGAAUGCAGACUGGUGAUAUACAUGGAAAUGAUGCAUCCAUGUUUUUAAUCACACUAACAUAAUAUUCAUGUUGAGUGUCCCCUCCAACAUCAGUGUUUACACUGCUUCACCAGAAUGCAGCACAAGUUAGCCGCCCCACUAUGACUUGUAGUAGUUCCUAUGUUUGCCAACUAUGCUGCCAUCAUGUGUAUUGUUUGUUUGUUUUGUUUUGUUUUUUACACUAUUUUACAGUAUAAAUGUGAUAUAUACAUAUAUCACAAAGCCUCCUUUAAAAAAAAUAGAAGUGUUUUGGAAAGCUGAUUCAGUAGCCGGGCCUGUGAAUGUUUCCACCCGUCAGUUCCAGCCUCACCUCACUAACAGUUAGACUUUAUAUCUGCACAUUAAAGAAAGUGCAUGAAGCCCAUGAAAGAGACAUAGUUCUUAGUGGAUUCGUAUUUUAGGAUUCAGCCCAGAUUGCCGUUAUUUUUCUCAAUGAAAAGCUUGUAAAAAGCAAGUGAAGAUGAAUGUCAGUGAAGAUGAACUGUGACGUUGCCACGCAGGGCUGGAAUUUAUGGCCGAACUCUCCUCUCUGAUAAACUCAAAGCAAGCUACAGACAGGCAGCACAGAGACCGUGAACCCAGGGGGAGCAACAGCAUUUUUUAUAAGGCUGACAGCAGCAGUGAUGCUUACUGUAAUCAUAAUCAGAAGCUUUUCAAGGAGUCCUUCCUCAAAACACCUUUUUUGUUAACGUACGCAUGUCAAAGGCCGGUGACAAAGAGCAAACUAGUACCUGGCCUUCAGUCAGAGCAAAGACAGUUAGGUGACAUAGCCUCAAAAGUAUUUCAUGAUAUUUCAUUUGUGAUACUGAUGUUUCCGACAAUAUAGAAAAAAAUACUGAAUAUUUUGUUAUGCUUGCAGGCAUCCAUAAAUGUGAGUUAAUGAAGGGCAUUUUCUUUUCCUGUGAGCUGAUGUCAUUGAUGGCAAACUUUACAGUAUAGUGAAAUAGCAGUAACAAAGCGUUAUAUCCAGUGACACAGCCAAAUAUAAGCACAAGAGUACCUGAGGUAGUGUUUUCCUUGGAAAUUUGAAGUAAAAGUACAAAAUAACUACUUAAUAUUUUAGUGUUACAACAAUUAAAAUAACUUAAAACUGCCGAUUGUCUUGUUGUUGAACUGAUAUAAUAUGACGUGUGAAAACUAAUUCUGUUAUUACUGCAGAUGAUAUGAUUGGGCACAGCCCUCAGAGGCAGCAAAGAAUGGACAUAGCUACAGUGACGUCACACACCAGUGUCUGAAGUCCUGUUUUAAAAAGAAUACUUUAUUAAUCCCAGACGACAUUAUGUAAUUUGGAACCAGGUGUGAUAAGCAAUAUAGAAAUCCCACUGAAACUGCCUGCUAAUUGGCUGAUUGACAUGUCUUAUAUAUACUACCAUGCAUAAUCCCUCCCUUUGUGUAACUUAGAUUCCCCAGAAUUUACAAAUGCAUUUAGUGUUUUAUUUAGUAUGAUCUGAAGUGAAUGAGCACAUCAGGAUUCACCAGGAAAGGUUUGCAGAGGUCAAGACCAAGGACUGUUUACCCCAUUGGCUUCUAUAGGGUUGAAGAUUAUUUUUUUGUAGUAUCGCCCCCUGCUGGUGAUUAAAAAGAAUGCCGAUCUAAGACUGCGAAGAUAUUUGCUUCACAUUUCAGACAAUUUUUUGCUUGUUUUGGCUCUUUGUUUUGAAAUGAUUUCCAUCUUUAACCUUGUCUAUCUCAGUGCAUCACUCCUCUCAUAAAGUCCUACCUGACCAAAUGGUGGGGGAGAUGAACAUUGUGACAUUUGUAGAUCGAAGGUGCAUAAAGAGGAGAAAAGCUCUCAAAAGGUCAAAGCAACCAGCAACAUUCGCGGUAUAAAGAUCACCUUCAUUGCUUACAGAUUCUAUCAGGGCUGUCAAGUUUAUGUGUUUGUGUUGAAAUCCAGUAUUUUCAUUUCAGACCACUGCACACUUGGGACGUGUUUCACUUUUCUUCGAUUUAUAGGUGGUAAAGUUGUGCAAACGACAAAUUUAAAAUCUUUGACUCUGCCCUCAUGCUCACAAAGUCUUAAAGCUACACCAGUCAAUAGGAAAGACUGUGCAAUAUGAAUUGCAUAGUUAUUGGUAGAAAAAGUUGCUAUUUGUCUGCCGGGUGUGCAAAUGACUGCACACACACUCCCCAUGAAAAUGCUAAAAAGUGAUAAUACAUCAGUGGUGUGUUUUCAGGUUGUUGCACUACCCUCAAGUGGCCCAGAGAAAAUCAAUUAAUCCAGCUCUAAUGCAUCGGGAUAUUAGAAAAAUGUGGAUUAAUAUUUGAAUAAUCUUUUGAUCUUGUGUGAGGCUUCAGGCAUUUAAUAAAUCAAUGUUUUGAUCAGCUGGCUCGCAGACUGGACUUACACUGAGCGGGAAGGAGUUUAGGAAAUGUAAUGGCUUCUAAAAACGCUCCUUAAAGUAAUAAUCAGCAUCAAUGAUUGCAUCAGUGGAGGAAGUAAAGCUCUGCAUGAUCUGCAGUGAAAAUAAGAACCCGGAGGAAACGGAGGGCACAAGUAGAGGUGCAUUUUGUUAAACAAAUCUUAACAUUCAAACUAAACACAACAGAAAGGACAAAUCUAAACUAAGGUACAACCCAGGGUCGGCGCCAUGAGAGAGAUUAAGCUGAAGAGUUGAAGGGUGGGUGAAGGAUGUAGACGAUCGGAUAAAGACUGAAAGGAGAACAUAAACAAAGGCCGCUACACUCCACGUGGAGUCGCACUUAUGGCUGCUGAAGGGUCUCUUAAUUAAAAGUUAGGGUAAACACUGCAGCUGCAAUUCUAAAGACGGUCACAGCAACUUAUAAUCAGCAACUGCAGCGACUUAUACAACUCCGUGAUGGGUGGAUGCAGUCAUGUCCAUAACCUGCUUAUGCUGUUACAGAUUCAUUCAGGUGUUCCUACAGAUCCAACUUCCCUUCAGUUCAGUUUAAUGUGAUUUAGAUAUCACAAAUCCACAUCAACAGUGGACUCAAACCGCUCUUUCCUGUAAAGUAAAGAACCUACAGUAUUAGAUCGAAAACCCCAGAAAUCGGACGACCCCCUAAGUGGACCACUUGUCAAUGUUAUGAAGGGGCCAAGUCACUUUUAACAGGAACAGACCUCCAACUGAACCAGGCUCAGGGAGGGGCAGCCAUCUGCUGUUACCGGUUUGGGUCGAAGGCAUAGAGGAGACUCAAAAAGGGAGACCAUUCUUUUUUUAUUUAUGUAUAUACACAGUUUGAUUUUGCUUAUAUCUGCAACAUGAACUUGAAUCCAAUUGGGUGGAGUUUCAACCACACAAAAUAGGUGCUGCACCUUCAGGGAGUCCAAUUAGUAUACUCUGUGUUGGAGUGCUUUAUAGGCCGCUUCCACUAAUGAGUUAAAAGGAGAAAUGGGGUGGCUGUAACGCAGGAGGUAGAGCAGAUCAUUUCUUCUAAUCGGAAAGUUGUUGGUUCAGUCCUUGGCUGCAUGCCAAAUAUCCUUUGGCAAGUUGCUAACCCCUAGUUGUUCUCCGAUGCAUCCAUCGAAGCAUGAAUUUGUGUGAACGUUAGAAAGCGCUUACAUAGAAAAAGCUGCCCAUCCAGUGCUUGUAUGAAUGAGUGAAUGAGACAAGAUGUAUAAAGCGCUUUGAGUGCUCAGGUAGAGUAGAAAAGAACCAGUUCAUUUACCAAAUGUGUAGGGGCAGAACUGGAACUGGGCUUAAAUGCACAGAGAGAAGCAAGGACGAGGUGAAACUGUUCAGGGGCAACUCUUGACUUUAACUUGACACUGUGGUGAGUUUGAGAAUUUAGAUAAACUGACAAAUGCUCAGAACUGGAAAUAUCACAGCUGAUUUUCAUUUCAACCAUACUGCCUCCACUUUAGCUUCUUGCCCCCCAAAAUUCCCUUGCAGGCAGUCUUUAUCCUUCAAGCUCAGGUCCUCUACCAGAGGCCUGAGAGCUUGAGGGUCCUGGACAGUAUCUUUGCUGACCCUAGGACUGCACUCUUCUGGAAAGAAGCCACGGAGUCAAUGCCACACUCCAGGCCCAGGCCAUACUCGCCACAGCUGUUUCUGUAUACAAGAUGGCCACUCGAUUAUGGUGUUCCAUGUAUGCCCUACCUGCUAGCAUCUUGCACCCUGCUGUUAUGUGGAGGGUGCAAUAUAUAAAGGGAAACUGUGAUGAUGAAUAAACAAAAGGGUAAUCAGGGCAGAGUGGAGACACCUUAAAAGCAAAACUAAACACAAGGCACUAGAAACAUAAACAUACUGUAACUCAAGUAAAACAGGCAGUGUCCUCCUGUGGAAAGAGAGAGCACUGGCCAGUAUGUCCUCCUAUCUUGAUAUAUUUAUAUAUUUUUUGGACCACAUUUAGAGAAGUGCAUGGAUUACUAGAUCUCCAGUUAACACGUUUGCAUAAGCACUAAACACAGUGCGGUUUGUUCAUAAAACUAACCUGCCCUCCAUCUGUCACCAUGCUUCACCAUUAUCAUCCCCAGCCUAUUUAUUUGUGAAUGCAACUCUGAAAAGAUUUAACAUUUAAAACAAAAAAUAAAAUUAAGUGAGGGAUUGAAAAAGUCAGCAUCAUGUUAACCACACAUGAAGGCCGAUAACCCAGAAAGCAGAAGUGGAAAGAUUUUUAAAAAAAAACAAGACAGGAUCCUCGGUUACCAUGGCAACCAGCCUGCAUGACACCACCCCAUAAUCUGUUCAGGUCUCAUAAUGUGCACUGAAAUUCUGACUGUUACUUACCACAAUAAAAUAAAAUUGCAACAUUGCUGCCAUUGUUGCACCAAUCAAAGGCUUUUAUUCUGAAAUGUAAAGUCUGAGUGAAGACACUCGCAGAGGAGCAUUGAUAAUUUGAUAAAGUCACUGCAGUCAUGUGUGUGCUGCUUUUAAAAGAUUUCAGAUCACACCAGACUCAACAGGCCACACAUGCUAUUUGGCAGAGCAUUAAUAAUCAAUCACUGUGGUAGAUCAAUAUCAGUAAUGCCUGUCUGUUCUCCAGAGUGUGUGUGUGUGGCCAUGGUGUAAUUGAUCCAGCCAGAAUCCAUAAUUAGAUUCUGUUUUGCUCCUGAUUAAUAGGUAUUGACUUGGUUAGAGUUGUACACAAUCAAUAGGUGUGUGUUUAGAUCUUAAAUUGUGUCAUUGUGAGGACCAAGUUUGGGAGUUUUGGGAUAUUUGUGGAAGUUGAGGGAAUUUUGACAGCUCUGAUGAGGGUUAAUGUUGAUUUUAGGGUUUAGAGUAAAACCUGGUUGGGUAUUUGAAUUUGAAGUGGCAUUCAGUUGUGAUAAUCACAUGAACAGUGUCCUCACAAAGCCAGAGAUAUAGACAUGUGCCGGUCCAGGAGAUAGAGAGACUGAGAUAUAGAGAAACAAGCAGAGCAUCAUUGAAGAGGAUAUAUGUUCUAAGUGGACAUGCAGUGAUACACUGUGGGGUAUAAAAAUAGAAAUCAAGCAUUGGUGAGGAUGGGAGGAGACGCGUGAUUCAUCUUAUGCAUUAUUCACUCAUACGGCCACUGACCGGCUGCAGGUUUGACUGUGAAUUGCUUGAGGCAGCCGCAGCCUCCAGUCCACUUUAAUAACCCUGGUUGAAUGUGAAUCACAUGUACAGAGAAACAGCUUUGUCUCAAGCAGCAACCUCUGAGGCUAAUAAAGUGACAAGAAGUGCUAAAAAAUGCAGUUCCUCCGACAGCCACUUGAGGCUGAAUCCAAAGAUAGACUUCUGUGUUAAAAGCACUACAGCAUUAAAAAAGCUGGUUUACAGCCCAGAAUGAAAAACCAUUUGGGCUUUUAUUGAUUCUUAACAAGAGUACAGAGGGUCAGUUAUUUUGUAACUCAUCAAUCUGGGCACAGGAGUUAGGCAGGAUUUAGUAGACCGCUCCCUGCCUGCAAAAUCUCACUCGCACUAAUUAAAGUCAGUAGACUGGAUCUCUCUGUGCCUGUGCUGCCGGUGCCUUGAAACAGAAGCAUCUGACGUAAUAUAGAUUGCUCCAAGAAGUUUGCACUACAGGUUUAGUAAGUGAAAUUUUAAGAUUUUAUUAGUAUUUAUUAGCAGGUAACUUAUAAAUUCACUGCCCCUCUCCUGGCUCAAAACCCCCCAACAUGGUGUAAAAUGUGUAGUCCAGUGAGUGUUGUCACAGUGGCUCCAUUCAUAUUUUAAUGCAGUUUAUCCUUUGAUUUACUGUUACAGGCCUUAAUAGUGUGUCCGUGUAAAGGAGAGACAGUUUUUUGUUACAUUUACACAGGACACAUGUUUGUCCAUUAUUACCAAUAAAAAUGUGCUUCAAAUAUAGGGAUUAUACAUAAAAAGCAGUAAAGAGCUGUUUUAAAGUUGCUAUUGGUCAAAUUUAUGGUGACUGUAUAGCAAGUUUCUGAGUUAUGUGGCAAAACACAUUUUAGAGUUGUUGGGCAUUUAGAUUUUCAUAUUAAAAUUAGUUCUAAUGUCAAGAUUUAUAGGAAAACGCAUGACUAAAAAACGGUUGAGUUAACAAAUGAAACUUGACGUCUUAUUGAAGUCAGAUUCAGAAAGUUCCAAAAGGGCACAAGGCCAAGAAACAAGAAUACACAAUGCUGACAUAAGAUCUGACAAAAGACAAAGGGAGACUGCGACUCAGUAUACACAGAAGGGGAAUCAGGGCAGAGUGGAGACUCCUGGAAAGUAAAGCUAACCAAAAGGCACCAGAAACGUAGCUUAAAGUGAAACAGAGUGGCUAACUUUAUGCAAGGGAAAGACACAGGAGGACAAAUACAGAGGAGAACAUGAUUAACUACUAAAGUAGAAGCGAAUACUCAAAAUACUAGACAUACCUCUGAGCUGAAAAGUAAAAACAAAACAAAAACACCCAUCUGAAAACAGAAGACAGUUAAUAUCAUUCAUAACCAAAAACCAAGAUAAAGCCAAAAUUCAUAGAACAUGGACAUUUAACCUGAUUCAUAUAUUCAGGCUCACAUAAAUGUAUCUCCAUAUUUACAUGCAGAAUCACAUGCAAAGGGCAAGAUUUCAGUUUUCCACAAAUCUCAAAUGUGUCGACUGAUCACAUCUGAGAUUUGACAAGUGCCACACUUGGAAGAUAGUCAGUGCUCUGCGCUUCAUACUGGAAUGAUGUGCAUUCCCACAGUAAGAUGGUUUCAUUUAGAUUGUAAUUUAGGGUUUUCAUUCACUAUUAUAGGAAGCAGGUACAGGAGUGAGUCAAAGGUUUGCAGAAAGGAUGUACUUGUAUUAGGUCUCAGAAGCAGGUUUUGUUUUUUGCUUCAUGGCAUCAUGUUAUCAACAGUCGGCUAUCGUCAUAGAAAAGACAGGCCGACUAGAUCAUGUCUCACUCCUUACUGUUUCUUUUUAAUUAGAUUGUAAAAAAGAAUUUAAAAAAGUACAGUUAACAGGAAGUUUCUGCCAAACUGCUCAACAGCCAUGAGUUUGGCUGCUUAUGAACAUAUCAGCCUGUAGUUUUGUGGGUAACUCUCAUGCAUUUCCUCAGCCAAUCAUUUGUCAUUCAUUAGUAUCCUUCACUCUCAUUAGAGUUACUCCAAUUGCCUCAAAGUUAAAAUUAGUUAAAUUAGAGUGCUCACCUUGUUCUUGUCACCAGAUAGCAGGUUCUUAGUUUUGUGUUUUUUUUGGUCCCCUGUCAUUGCCAGAAGUCUCUGGUCACCCCCCUGCUGCUGUUCCCUUCCUGUCUAUAUGCACAGAAAAGCCAGUGACUGAAGGUAAUGAGUUGUUUUACACUAAUAUCAGGACUUCCAUACAUCAGUCCACUUAUCUAACGAAGAGUGAUGGUGGUAUUGGGGUCUAUCCUGGUUGUCACAGAGUGGGACUAACGGCAGGUCAUCAGUCAGUCACUGGACUAUCUGGCUAAAUAGAAAUGAGCAUUAACACUAAAACUGUCUCCAGUUUCCUGCAUCAAUCAAUAAUCAGUUUUCUGCACGUGUCACAGAGGUUGCUGCUGCUACUCAUCACACGAGCACUUUCUCACAUGCACACACAGUGACAAACAAAUACACAAGUACACAUGGUACACAUACAGUAUAUGAGUAUAUCAUUCAGGUUCCCCUCUCACCUUCUAAAGGGAUUUUGAGCUUUAAGAAUAAGAAACCUGUCCUUGUUUUGUUUUUUUCUUUUCUUUGUUUUUAUGGAUUUCCACUUGGAUGAAUGUAUGACUGUGUUAUUUUUCUAGAACCGGACGGCUAGCGCACGUUGUUGACUCUUUAAUAAAGGCAUCCUUAGAAAAGUG